GUAGGCAUCAACUUAUAUCUUUGUUUAAAUUUUAAGUUUUCCAACAGACUUUAUAAAUUAAGUUCAUUUUUAAAAUCAUGUUUUUAUUCUUUUUGCUAAAUAAUAAUUAGAUGGUUCAUUGUUAUGUACUGUACCUUUGGCCUCCUAUGUAAUCAUUGGUAUUAUUAUGGGCACAAUAAAUAGUUUAUAGGAUUAUUAUGUUGACUUUUUUAAUUGAACUAUAUUUUUUAAAUGUUGGAGUUCUUAGUGUACAGAUAGGAUUAUGCAUUUGGUUUUCUGUUAUUCAUAAUUAAGAAAAGAAAGGACUUCGAAGACCUGUGGAAGUGGCAAUAAGGACGACGUUGAGCAUAUAUAACGUCGGAAUUUGUAUAACUGCCCAGUUCACAUAAAGCAGUAUCUUCAGAAAAUUCAAAAUGGAAUACUCUUUCUUCGACUUCUUAGUCUAUUUUCUCGGACCGUUUCUCUUAUUCGGCUUAAGAUGGAUUUUAAACUCCAUACUGAAUGUAUUUUUACCACACCCAGAAACUUUACCAUCGCCGAGAAAAAUCCAACCAGAAAUAAAGCUACCGUUAUCACCAAUCAAAGAAGAAGCCAGUUUUUUGCAUAAAGAUGCUGGCUUUUUACCCGAUGGAAACAAUUCCAUGAACAACCCGGAUGAAAUAACAAGUGAACUGCCGGCUACUUUGGUGACAGCUGAAUUAAAAAGGAUAAAACUUCUGCGAGAGCUGGUAGAAAAUGCUGAAAAAAAGCUCCUACAACUGGAAGCCGCAUUCGACGCUGAGAAAUCCACUUUAAUGCAAUCGGUUCACACGUUUAAAUUAACCCUCUUGUCUGUCGAGAAAAAACACUCAACCGUUAAUCAGCAAUUAAAAGAGACUUUCACCAGAGACAUUAUGGAACUGACAAGUUUGAAUGAACGUGUUCAAGCGGCACUGAAAUUGUCAGAAAAAAAAGAGCAAAAACUAGAAGAAAUGUUACGAAAAUCCAGACAAGAGACAGCAGCAUUAAGAACAGAAAUGUUACAUGCACAUGCCGAUCAAAAGUCUCACUCAAAACAACAUAAACAACUUGAAUCCGUUGUUGAAGAAGCAAAGUAUGAGCUCGAGCAAUUAAAAGAGACUUUCGCCAAAGAGACAACGGAACUAAAAGCUUCGAUAGAAGAUGAUCAAGCGGCAUUAAAAUUGGCAGAGAAAAGAGAGCGAGAGCUGGAAAACAUGCUAGGAAAAGCCACGCAGGAAGCAGAAGCAUUAAGGACAGAAAUGUCCCAUGCACUUUCCAACCAACAAGCUCUUUAUGAAGAAAAAGAAAAACACCUGAACUUGGUUGCCGAAAAAGCGAAGCGUCAGCUUAUGGAAGUAAAACAUACCACCCAAGAAGAAAUCAUGGAACUCAAAGUGUCAAAUCAUAAUUAUGAAGCGGCACUGAAAUUGGCGGAGGAAAGACAACAAGAACUGGAAGACUUGUUAGGACAAGCCACGCAGGAAGCAAAAGCAUUAAGGGCAGAAAUGUCACAUGCACUUGCCAACCAACAAGCUCUUUAUGAAGAAAAAGAAAAACACCAGAACUUGGUUGCCGAACAAGCGAAGCGUCAGCUUAUGGAAGUAAAACAUACCACCCAAGAAGAAAUUAUGGAACUCAAAAUGUCAAAUCACAAUAAUGAAGCGGCAAUGAAAAUGGCAGAGGAAAGACAACGAGAACUGGAAGACUUGUUAGGACAAGCCACGCGGGAAGCAAAAGCAUUGAGGGCAGAAAUGUCCCACAAACUUGCCAACCAACAAGCUCUUUAUGAAGAAAAAGAAAAACACCUGAAGUCGGCUGCCGAACAAGCGAAGCGUCAGCUUACAGAGUUUAAGCAAACCACCCAAGAAAAUAUGCUGGAACUAAAAAUUUCAAACCACAGAAAUGAAGCGGCGUUGAAAUUGGCUGAGGAGAAAGUUAAGGAGGUGGAAGAAAUUUCGUUGAAACGGGAACAAGCAGCAAAACAACUGGCAAACGAACAGGCCGCAGCUUUGACCGAAGCAAUUGAUACACUGCAAGUAGCAGUUAAGCACGCCAGGGACGAAGUUUUAGGCAAAACCUACGAAUCUGAAUUGGAUGAGGAACCCGUACAAAAAAAUGAAACCUUAGAGGAGUGGUUGAUAAAGCAUGGUAUAUUAACCAGAGUGCCUCCAAAGACUUGGAUGCAGCUUUUAGAACAUACCGGAUUCUUGAUGGAGGAAAAGGCUAAAAAUUUAAAGUCCAAAGCAGAAAUGCUCUUCCAUAAUAAGCCGGAUCCUGCCAAAACAGAAUAAAUGGACUUCCCUAAAUUUUUCAAAGAAGUCUCUUUGAACUGCGAGAAGCAGAAAUGCUUAACUCUCGGAACUGCAGAUAACCCAGUAACUAUAGCCAUUCCUUCUGUUGAAGAAUUGAAUUGAGAUUCAUUAAAAGUAUUUCCCGGCA